GAGUACACCACCCAUUGAGGCGGAUAUGCAGUGAUUGUAGGGUGUCCAGGGUCGUGGGUAGACAAGUGUGAUCGAAUGACAGAAACACUAUACCAGCUGCAUCGUAUGACCAAACAAUAGUCAGUUGCUACAUUGUUGAGCGCCUCAUCCCCGGACCUCGUCUAACGUGAUAAAUUGUUUGUCCUCUACAACCAAAAAUACUUUACAACACUUUGAUGUGCUCAAAGGCAAACCAUGUUGACGUUUUUUAACAUCAUUACGUUUUUGGUGAUUUCGACAAAAGGUGGAACGACGUCAACACUGGCACCAUCUUCUCAAUCAAACGGACCGACAUCCACGGAUUCCUCGUCUGAAUCCAGCAGUAGUGGGGCAUCAUCAGCAUCACCAUCACCAUCAGCAACGGUAAACAGCAGCACAACAACAACCGAGACGACAUCAGUAACAGCAAACAGUAGGACAACAUCGCCCGAAACAGCAUCAGUAACAACAAACAGUGGUACAACAACGACCGAGACAGUAUCAGUAACAGCAAACAGUGGGACAGCAUCGACAGGGAAAACUGACUCUGCAACAAACCAUGAACCCACUGAUGUCUACAGCACCGAGACUACAGCUACGGGUACAACCGUUCCGUCAGGAUCAACAUGGACGGCCCUGAACUCCAGCCUGACAUCCCCAGAUACCCCACAUCCCACGUCAGGGGACAGGGAUAACGACAACACCCCACCUCUCAUCACCGUCGUCUCCGCCUUCGUCGCUGCCGUCGUUGUCAUCACCAUCACCAUCAUCCUUAUAGCCAUGCACAAAGCUGUCACGUCACACGGAGAUGACAAACCAGAUUCUAUGAAGACGGGCCGUGACGAUAUCAGUUACAAUAAUCUCGACAUCCCGUCCACAGACGAACAGGAACACGUAUCCGACAUAGGCAGUGUGAUGAUGGUAACAUUGGGAAACUCGGAGACCAUGCCUGGCGCAGCAGACACGAUUGAGUUGUGCCAGUCACGCUUCUGUCGACCUUCUAACCCACCUGACGCAGCGUAUGCUCCAUCUGAUCUGAUGGGGUUUAGUGUUGUAGACAUGGUUGACAAUGACCUGUAUGACACGGGAUCAAACCCUGCCCAGUCUGUGGUCAAACCACACAGUAAAGUACAGAUGGUUGACAAUGACCUGUAUGGCACGGGAUCAAACCCUGCCCAGUCUGUGGUCAAACCACACAGUAAAGUACAGAUGGUUGACAAUGACCUGUAUGACACGGGAUCAAACCCUGCCCAGUCUGUGGUCAAACCACACAGUAAAGUACAGAUGGUUGACAAUGACCUGUAUGACACGGGAUUAAACCCUGUCCAGUCUGUGGUCAAACCACACAGUAAAGUACAGAUGGUUGACAAUGACCUGUAUGGCACGGGAUCAAACCCUGCCCAGUCUGUGGUCAAACCACACAGUAAAGUACAGAUGGUUGACAAUGACCUGUAUGACACGGGAUCAAACCCUGCCCAGUCUGUGGUCAAACCACACAGUAAAGUACAGAUGGUUGACAAUGACCUGUAUGACACGGGAUCAAACCCUGCCCAGUCUGUGGUCAAACCACACAGUAAAGUACAGAUGGUUGACAAUGACCUGUGUGACACGGGAUCAAACCCUGCCCAGUCUGUGGUCAAACCACACAGUAAAGUACAGAUGGUUGACAAUGACCUGUAUGACACGGGAUCAAACCCUGACCAGUCUGUGGUCAAACCACACAGUAAAGUACAGAUGGUUGACAAUGACCUGUAUGACACGGGAUCAAACAACAACAUGUACGACAAUGUCCAGACAGCGGACACGGACCCAAACCUCACGCCGACAGCUGCUGACAGUGUUGAUAUGGUUGAUAAUGACAUAUAUGAGACAUCUUCACGCCUCGAGUUGAACAACAGUAUUUGCUGAACCAGCCAGCCGUUCCCUAUGAGCAUCACGACCUGCAGCCAUGACGUGAAUGAUAUAGAGGAUGGAUUCAGUGUCUUAUUGCAUUGAUGACCAACUGUGGCAACUUUGGAUAGGUCAAACAAACUUGACUUCAUCCUCGCACACCCUCCAACCACUGAUUUCAUUGCCGACGGGUUUGAACUUUGCUAGCUUCGAGAAGCCUCACUUUGUAAUGGAUAUCGUCACGAUGACUGUGGCCUCACCAGGCCCCACUUCAAGCCACCUCUAUACAUUGAUAAUCAAGUGCAUGCUGGUAUAUCAGCAGUUGCGAACCAUCAAAGCAUAUCGUUUGUUUCAAAUCAUUCAUUCCUAGUCUCAAGAGAAAAUUCGAAAGGCUAAAUCGCUAAUGUUGUGCUGUAUAAAAGAUACCUGCCCAAGUAAUUUGUCAUAUACAGCUGAUAUAUGUAUUAAUCAUGUGUAGGUAUCAAAUACCUAGUUUUCACUUCCGUGGGGUUUGCUGGAAGUGUGUAUCGCGAUAGGUUCACUGAUCCCCAUACUGUCCCUGCCUGAGCUGAUCACGUGUCAGGAGCUUGACCCAGGCACACAAGAUGCAACACUUAAUCUGGGUCAUUGUAUAUUGUGUAUAUCAACGUACGGUUGAAACCUGCACAUUCAUAUAUAGACAUUCAACCUUAAUCAACUUUAAAUCAACUUUAACUCGAAAUACGUGUUUGGGGCUGAAAUUCAUCUCUAAACACAAGGCAUGAGAUUCGAACCCGUACGUCGACGGUGCUGUGUUUGAUUAUCUCAUGCCUAAAUACCCAGAACAGUUUAUUUGAUUUCUGUGCGUAAAGUGUCUCAGUUUAUAUCUGCCUUGCUUGCAUAUACUACUUAUCAUAUCCGUGUCCAUUAAUAAAUACAUUAUUGUAAGUA